AUGACCCACCUAACAACCACCAUGAAACGGCAAAUUCCAGAAAUGCUGGCAUCCUGCGAAGGAGAAACCCUGAGAGCUGAUACUAAACCAUCAACAGCAGUGAUGAUGAAGCCAGUCAAGCUACAGCGAAAACAAGAGGAUGCCAGUACUCCAUCUAGCGGAGAAACACCGCAGGUGGUGCUGUUUUCCUUGAAAAGUUCUGCUCAAAGUCGAGUCAUGGAAAAGAUGCAGAGAUUGCUCUGGUUCAAACAGAUUGAAAAAACGGGUGGUCAGUUGGGUUUGGGAGGAAUCGCCGUGUUUGGACUAGAUCAAAUUCCAUUCGGAGAAAUGCCUGCGAAAUUCUGGAAUGAAUUCCCACGGAAGGAUGUAUUGCUUUUCAAGAAAAACGGAGAUGACGACGAAGCAGUGACGAAAGCAUACAACAUGUGGGACAAGCUACUUGCUGCCGGUUUCCGAGUGGAACCCUUAGUUGUGGAAAACCCUGAUGCCUCUGGCUCCGAUCCCUCAUCGUCACCAGUCAUGAGGAGGAGCGAUGGCUGGAUCUCGGGUAUUCCGAACUUCGCAGGGUUCCCUAUGUGUCGGUUCUUCUUCCAUAAGGAUUUGGACUGUAUUCCAACGUCAUUUGUCUACAUGUGCCUCAUACGUCGGGAAUCGGACCGAGGUGACAGGAAGCAACGACUUCCGGAAAAGCAAGGAUCCGUCAAAGGGGUAAUCUCAGCACUGUUGAAACUUGCCGAAGGAGCUGUAGGAAUUUGCACUAUAAUUGUUCUGAAGCAGGGAACCUUGUAUCCUUUAUUACCCUUCCACUUGCCUGGCAGAGUCAUGGAGCAGCAGACACAGCGUUUGUGCUUGAUUUAUAGAGACGAAAAGUUUAGUCCGACCUGGAUUUUUGGACUAGAUCACAUUCCGUAUCAAGAUAUGCCCCAGGGAUUCUGGGAAAAAUUCCCACGGCAGGAUGGUCUGUGUUUGCACAGUGCGACAAAUUCCAAUCUAGCAAACGAAGUGAAGGAGCAGUUACUUGCUUGGGGUUUUCGAACGGAAGAAAGCAUGCACAAGCAAACCGCACCUUUUCGAAUGGACUACCGUCGGUACCCAGGGAUGACGGUGAACUUCGUGCUUUCUCAGCCUUCUGGGCUUCAGGGAAUCAGUGUGAGUUUCCAAGGAGUUCUUACUUCCCCAGCCAUCUGGGUUGCAAAAGUGUUCUUCAGUGCUCAAAAGUGGAAUGAAGAAGAAGAAGGCGCAAUAGCAAGAAUGGUGGUGAAGUGUGGUGAGCUUCGCGAGAUGAAGAUAGCGCUUGUUCGGGUUCUUGCGAAGCAAAUGAAGCUGUUCAGUGUUGUGAACUUGGAUGGCUUGUGCGUCUGA